CCAUGCUGACACGGUAAAACAGACCAGUUUGGACCAGAGUUGAGUUGGAAGUUCAGGUCCAGAUUGUCCGGUCGCAUCUUGCGUCCCGAAUAUGCACGCAAAGUGCGCUAAAUCUUUUAGAAAAACGAAUUUUCUAUAAAUACUCGGCUGCAUUUGAUCGUGGGAACUACCACUUUUCUGCAGACAGUAAAAGUUUCAGUUUGGUUUGCCGUUUCAGGUCGGUUUGUGUUGACUUAGAUCGAGGCCGAAGUGACCAUACUGGACAUUCAAUUUUAGUGCUUCCAGACCGCCAAAGAGCCCAAAAACGGGUCCGACAGGGAAAUCGGCACGUCGUCCUGCCAGGGCUCCUCUUUGUAGUGUCGAAACGUCGUUGACGCUGACCAAUCCCCGGUUCUUUCAAAUGUUAUUUGCCAUCACCCGAUUGGGCCGCUCACCUAGAAAAAAAGUCUGCAUCGCUUUCCCGUAGGACUCUGAGGAACAGCUUAGUGCUUCGAAACUUUGACGCGAAGUGUACGAACAUCGACAUUAAAAAAACAAUAUAAAACGCGAAAGUGAACAUGAAUUCUGCCCAGAGGAACAACCUGAGGAAACUGUCUUUUUUGGGAUUCAAAGCUUCGAACACCGCCAAGAAGGCUACCACAUCCACCAGCCCUUAAAAAAGGGCUCAAAACCCAUGAGGCGCCGCAACACUUCGCAGGACUCCAGUCCUCUCACCACUCCUGCAGACACCCCCAAGGACUCAGCAGUCGGGACUCCGUCCAUGGCAGAUCCUCCAAAUGGAAGCAGCGUUCGAUCAAAGAUCGAGGACUCAGAAACCGGACCAUUGAAUUCGCCAGUGUCACAAGAGGAAGACGAGGAGGAGGAUCAGGGCAAUCAAAGUUCCGAUUCUGAGUGCGUCGUGUCUGAUCCGUGCAACUAUGUGCUGAAAGACGACGAAUUUGAGACGGAUACGCCCGAUAAAAAGGUGUCGUUCCUCAACAGCGAACAUCGCGACACUUUCGAUCCGGACGGACUCAAGAAGAAACGCCGCCACGCCUACACUGGCCAACGAAAAUUCUCCCUGCCAAUCGAGGGCAGUGCGAAGAAGAAGCACCAUCACCACCACCACCAUGACAAAGACAAGGACGGCCUCACUCCAGAAGGCUUCCAGAAGGAAACGCGCAGAAUUAGCACCCAGCCGGGAGAUGAAGAACUACGUGGCGCCGACCGGGACCAACUGGACAGUCACAGAUCGGACGAUCCAAGAGCUUUCCGCAGACACAAAGCGUCCAUUAUGCAUAUUGGACGGGGCGUGGAGCUGCAUCCAUCUUUGAAGAAACUGUACGACCACAGUCCGCACGCUAUUUUCGUCGAACUGAGUGAGCUGCUCAGAACCGAGGGCGAAACUGAAAAGGAGUGGAAAGAGACAGCCAGAUGGAUCAAGUACGAGGAGGACGUGGAAGAAGGAGUGGACCGAUGGGGAAAGCCGCACGUGGCGUCGCUCAGUUUUCACUCGUUGCUCAAUUUGCGAAAAUGUCUGGAAAACGGGGUUUGCAUUCUGGAUCUGGAAGAAAAAGACCUGCCGGCCAUCGCCUACAGAGUCUCGGAAGAGUUGUUCAAGGAGGACUUGAUUACGGAGAGCGACAAGGGGCCGCUCAUGAGGAUGCUGUUGGUGCGACAUCGGCAUGUGAACGAGCAGCACGACCGGCGCUUCGGGUUCACUAAGAACAAGCACAGCUACACAUCUUUGCAGUCCUAUUGGAUCGAUGAGAGUGCCCGAUUCGACGCAGCCAUGAUGAUGCGCUGUUCCGUUUGUUCUGCGCAGGGAAAAAUCUGCGCGGACCAUGCAGCCGUCAAAGGUCGCUCCUUUUCCCUGAUUGGAUUCGGCCCGCAUAACCUCUACGAUGCAGAAAAGCGCAAAAUCAGCUACCCAGAGAACGGGCUGAAGAACGGGGACGCCGAGAUCAAACUCCUGCCGGUUGACUCGCACACUGUGGAGAUAAAGGAGGACUUCUACUCCACAUCGAAUGAGGACAUCCGCAGGGCGCGCAACGAUGCAAUUUUGAAGAAAAUCCCUCCGGAGGCGCAAGGGGCCAGUGUGCUGGUGGGAGAUGUGGACUUCCUGGAACAGCCGGCCAUAGCUUUUGUGCGAUUGGCCGAGCCUAUAGUGAUUCCGUCGCUCAUUGAAGUCAACAUUCCGGUGCGGUUUAUCUUCAUCCUCUUGGGCCCCAAGUUGCCCACCAUUGACUACCAUGAGGUGGGUCGCUCCAUAUCGACCCUGAUGGCCAACCAGCAGUUCCACAACAUUGCCUACAAGGCGGACUCGAGGAACGAGCUGCUCUCAGCCAUCAAUGAGUUCCUGGACGACAGUAUCGUGCUGCCCCCUGGCGACUGGGAGCGGCAGGCGCUGCUCCCCAUUGAGGAGAUCAAAGCAAAGAGCGACGCUAUUAAGCUGAGGAAGCUGAAUGCCUUGGAGAAGGAGCAGGAGGCACGAGGAAUUCCAAAAGCCGCCCUAGUGAGUGACGGGGGCGACAAGAAGCCACCAUUCCCCAAUCCAUUGGAGCGCACUAAACGGCCCUGGGGAGGGCUGAUAAACGACCUGAAACGUCGCUAUCCGCACUAUGUGAGCGACAUCACCGACGGCCUAAAUGCUCAAUGUGCGGCCGCUGCCAUUUUCAUGUAUUUUGCUGCAGUUAGCGGGGCGAUCGCCUUUGGAGGGCUGAUGGGCAUCAAAACGGAGGGCCAGAUCGGCAUUAGCGAGACUCUGAUGGCCACCUGUUUGGCUGGAAUUUUGUUUGCGAUGUUUUGCGGUCAGCCUUUGAUUAUUGUAGGGACGACAGGUCCACUGUUGCUAUUCGACGAAAGCCUGUAUCAGUUCUGCCAAUCGCAAGGCUUCGAGUUCUUGACCAUUCGCGUCUACAUCGGCCUAUGGUUGGCCAUAAUCGGGAUCAUAGUGGCCGCAUUCGAAGGCAGCGUUCUAGUGAAAUUGUUCUCCAGAUUUACCGAGGAUAUUUUCUCGGCCUUGAUCGUCUUCUUGUACAUAAUCGAAAGCAUCCAGAAGAUCUUUUUCGUCUACGACAAGCAUCCGAUCUUGGGCGAUUAUUGCGAGACCGAAAUCACUGUCUUCAGGAACGCCACUGAAAAUGAUACCCUGAUCACCGAGAACCCCAACAUCAACAUAACUGAUGUGCUCAUUCCAGUGACGUACCUGGAAAAGGUGCCUACGCUGGACAGUAGCGGCCGGAUCAAUCAACCGAACACCGCCCUGUUCUGCACAAUUCUGACGCUGGGGACUUUCGCCAUUGCGUACUAUCUGAAAAUAUUCCGCAACAGUCACUUUCUGGGCCGAUCGGCCCGUAGAGCGCUUGGGGACUUCGGCGUUCCAAUAGCAAUAAUCUGCAUGGUGUUCAUGGACUUUAUGCUUCCAGAGAUCUUCACAGAAAAGCUCAAUGUUCCCAAAGGCCUCUCGCCCUCGAACACCACACUUAGAGGCUGGUUCAUCCCGCCCAACGGCUUCAAAUCGCCACCGCCAGUGUGGGUGAUGUUCGCGGCCGUUGUUCCUGCCAUGUUGGUCUACAUUUUACUGUUCAUGGAGACGCACAUUUGCGAACUAAUUCUGGACAAAAAGGAACGCAAACUCCAGAAAGGCGCCGGCUUUCACUUGGACAUCGUGCUGAUUUGCCUCACCAACGUAGGUUGCGGCUUCUUUGGCAUGCCUUGGAUGUGCGCCGCCACUGUGCGCAGCAUUGCGCACGCCAGUGCUUUGACUGUUAUGUCCCGAACGCACGCCCCUGGUGAAAAACCCCAUCUGGUGGAAGUGAAGGAGCAACGUCUCUCCAGCUUUGUGGUGGCCACUCUGAUUGGUCUGUCCGUGUUUAUGUCGCCUCUGCUGAGGCAGGUGCCCAUGGCCGUCCUUUUCGGCAUCUUCCUGUAUAUGGGCGUGGCUUCCACCGAUGGGAUUCAGCUGUUCGAUCGGCUGCGGCUCUUUUUCAUGCCGGUGAAACAUCAUCCUCAGGCCUCGUAUGUGCGAAAGGUCCGUACUGUGAAAAUGCACAUUUUCACAUUCGUCCAAGUGAUGUGCCUGAUCAUGCUGUGGGUGGUCAAAUCCACUGCAGCCUCGCUGGCCUUUCCAUUCUUCCUCAUUCUGAUGGUUCCACUGCGCGAUCAGCUGAAGAGGAUUUUCUCCCAAAAGGAACUGCGAGCCUUGGAUGGAGAUCAGCCCGAUGCGGAUGAUGAUGAGCCCGAUUUUUACGCCGAAGCUCCCCUACCAGGCUAAGAGGACCGAGGACUACACGAUUUGCUGCAAGCAAUAAUUUUUAAGAUAGAGCUCACAGUUUUCGAUCAUCCAAUAGUGUGGAUGUUUGGCAGUUCCACUAGCUGGUUUUUGCCGGUAGUUUCUAGAUAGAAUUUCCUCCCCCCAAAAAAACAGUAACUACCUACCUACUAGGGACAUUUUGGGGUUUUUCGACCAGUUUUUUCCGUUUCGUAUACUCAUCUUCCUAUUGCGAUUGAUUGGCUGUUAUACGAUCGGCCAAAUUUCAACUUAGUGUUUUAAGACUUCGACUAUAAAAUUGCUCAUAGAGCGGUUAGUUUUACCAUUCCGAAAUUAAUCCCACUCAAAGUUUCAUUCUGGACCAAACGCCUGGGUUGAACCAAAGUAAACCUGUUGGGAAAAUUUUGAUAAAUGUGGCGAGC